GCCGGGGAGGCGGAGCGGCCCCGCUCCCCAUUAAGGGGCGGUGGCGGCCGGCGCUGCCCGGUAGCCGGGGAGGGCCGGGCUAUGGAGGCGGCGAGGGGCUACGUGGGCUCGGCGGUGCGAUCUUUGGUAUCCAUGGGAGCAUCUGUGGGAGCAGUAACAAAACAGACCCUGUUCCCUCCUCUCAUGCCUGCAGGGCGACCUUUCCGUGUGUCAAAUGCCUCCAGGAGCAGCCGGAAAGGAAUUGUUGCGAGCAGUCUGCAAGAACUCAUCAGCAAGACUUUAGAAGCCUUCCUUAUAACCACUGGAGUCGUUACUCUGGUUUUGGAAGAAGAUGGCACGGUUGUGGACACAGAAGAGUUCUUUCGGUCCCUGGAUGAUAACACACACUUCAUGGUUCUAGAAAAAGGACAGAAAUGGACCCAAACAAGAAAUGGAGUCGUCCCUGCAAGACAAAAGAAGAAAAUGGGAGUAGCUAACAUCACAUUCGAUCUGUACAAGCUGAACCCUAAGGAUUUUAUUGGCUGCUUAAAUGUGAAGGCAACUUUUUAUGAGAUCUACUCAGUGUCAUAUGACAUCAAAUGUAUGGGAGCAAAAAAUGUACUGCGGAAGGUGCUUCAGCUCAUGUCCCACGCGGCACAAAUAACUGGACAGUUUCUUCUCUAUACUGGAACAUACAUGUUGCAGCUGAUGGAUGAAUAUGAUGAAGACGGCACCUGUGCAAGAACGCAGCACAAGUAAUAACCACAGCUGCACUCCUGAUAUUGGAUCCUUUUGCCUAAAGACAUUCCCUUGCCCAAGUUUGAUUGUAAUGAUGUUAUAGGGGGGAGAUGUCCACUGAGGUGAACUAACAGUUUUACCGUUUGGGAAUGCUUGUAGACCUUAGUCAUAAAGUAAGUGUUUGGUGUUUACACAGCAAAAGGAUGGGUGCCUAAUGUCUGAGAACUGGGCAAAGGAAGAGAGGGCAAGUUUUUACCCCUGCAACUCAACAGAAAAUAAGAAUACUUAGAAAUAUGCAUGCUUUGUAACCACUGGAUCCUUUCCUUGCACUGAUCAAAACAUGGUUUGUUUUUUCAUGGCUGUCCGCUUGCCUUCUGAACAGACAGGGCUGUGGUUGUUUUUGUUUUUAAUCCUUAACACUGCUGGUACUGGUGUCCAGCUGGCACUGAGGUACAAAAGGGUGAAGUGUACUUAUUUACUACUUCUAACAAUGGAAAUAUAUAGUACAGCUGAAUUCUGGUUCAGUGACCGGCCUAAUCUCAUGAAUUCUAAUUGGAGAAAGUGCAAGUACUAUACAGAAGCUUAAAACUUAGCCUUACUUCCCUUAAAACAAGCAAAAAAAAACAUGUAACUCUCUAUAUUUGUCUUCAAAUGUACAGAAAGUUCUGGUGAGUAUAGCUUAUACCAGUUGAAGAACGAUAAUUUCUUUAAUGUGUUUGAUGUCCCAUUUUGCCUGAAGUAUUGAAUACCUUGCCGUAGCUUCAUGCACAUGGCUUACAGGAAACCUCCUGAAGCUUCUUUCAGGUGUAAACCUUCACUUCUGUAACUUUUGCUCUUCAGCUACAAGAUGACACUACAUCCCAAGCUGUACUUAAAGUGCAUGUAGUAGGGAUCCGGAAGAGACAUUAAAUUUUGAUGUCCCUGUGCUCAGGGGAGAGCAGCAGGACGUUGCUGUGUAACAUGCAUAUGCUCUAAACUGGAUAUUUGCAAUCUUGCAGUCUACCAAGACAAGUUGUAUUAAAGGGCAAAGUUUUUAAUUUUUCGAUAGGAUUGUCCAGAAAGUUUUUUAACAGCUUCGUGAACGGCUAAUGUGACUAGUUUCCAGUAAGGGUCUCCUUAACGGUAAGACAAGCUAGAAAACAAGCAGUGGUGUAGGCAUCUUGUGUCAAAAUUCAGACUCCCAUUGCUGAAGGGAAGAAGUCCAACUUCUGUUGUUCACAGGUGUGGCUUUUGAGAUUUUCAUUUGCUUUCUUCUGUUGGAUUUUAAUAAAUUAUUUUCUUGCUUAAGACUGAAAGCUGUUAAGGACAUGACAGACCCAGGUAAAUGUCUGACCUGACAGCGGGUGCCACCCAGGCAGAGAGAUCCUAGCGAGAGGGGGAACAAGUGGGAUGGGGGAAGAAAGUAGCAGGAGCGAAAGGGAAAGAGACCAACAUGGGCCCCAAGGUGCUGGCUGUGCUUCUGCUGAGACAAGAAUCCUUUAACCACGUGCAUCAAGUGCACUGAUUAGGUGGAGGAAAACCUGUUGUGCAAAAAGAGGAACAGAUGGGCUGAAAAGAGCAAGCAUCAUGGUUGCUGGUAUCUGUUCUGAUCUGUCAGCUGCGCCUGUUCCCUUCAAACGUUACUGACACGUGGGAAUAUUGCUCUCAUGUUUAUCUGCGAACUUCAACUUCAAACAUUUAUUUUUGCCUUCCCUUUAUGGAUCUGACUUAACCAGCUGGGGCUGCAUCUUUCAAAUCACUGUUGUGGUGAAAAGCAGCCUAAAAUCAGUCUUAAAGGCACUGACAGACCCAAGUUUUCUAGGUCUCCACCUGUCUCUUCACUACUGGUAUUACAGAUGAGUAGACAGCUAAGAAGAAACUUUUGUGUUUUUUUCUUCUGAUUUCCGUUGUUUUCCAUCCACUUCUGAAUAUUUGCUGGGGGGAGAGGGGAUGGUGGUGAGGCACGCAGCUAGAGACAAGGGGAGAACUGUGGUUUGUUUUUUUUUUUUUUUUUAACUUAUUUCUCUGGAGGAAGAAUGUCUGCAGCUUGCAGCACUGUCAGGUUUCCUUCAAAAGAGAACAAACUGCUCUACAGGUAAUGAGAAAAAGGUUAUGUUGAAAUGGAGACUUUAGACUUUAUCUGUAUUGUUCUUGCUCACCACCUUCCCCCCCCCCCCUCCCACUGAUACCAUGAUAACUGAUGGCCAGAGCCUUUCUAACCCCAAUUCUCCCUAAGGAAUUGCAUUUAGCUGAUGCAGUACAAGGGCUUUGUCAUUAAUUCUUCCAGCUUUUAAGGACCAUUUAUUCCAUUAAAACAAGACCAUUUCUUGAAAGUAAACUACAGGUAAUGCUUCUAAUAAUAUAUAUGUUGCUAAUGGUGGAAGCACCAACAUAAAAAAAGCAAACAACAGAACUUGCAUAGUUCAAUAUUGCAUUAAUCAGUGCGAAUUGCAUCUUCAACAUCUGUAAUAGAAAAGCAUCUGCAAGUCUGAAGUGUGCAGAUACCAAAUUCCUCCCCUCUGCAGCCAGGGCAGUUGUCACACAACUAACACACUCCAUAGUUUCCAGUGGUGUUACUGUAGGACUGAACAUGGUCUAAAAGGCUAACUGGAUAUGAAUUUGAAAAGUUUUUAAGCAGCUGCUUCUUUGGCAGCCUCACUUAAAACAAGCUGCUGAAGGUCAUGUGAGCUGCAAAGUCUCCAUCUCAGAGCAUCUCCCUCUAAUUCAAAAUGCGAACAGCUGAACAAAAUAACUCAGCUUUGAUAUUUUCUCAGAAUGAAGAUAAAUGUCUUGGAAAGUUCUGAGAAUGUGAAAUUGUUCCAUUGCUUCUGAAUCUGGGGUUUGCUACAGAUUUAGUGUUAGGAAGAUAUUUGCUACUAUACCAACUUCUUUCCAGAGAAACUUUUGGCUUUGGGUCAAACCAGAGGAGUUCAUAAUUUUCUGAGUUGGAGCCAGUUUGCUUUUUACAGCUUUCUUAAGAUGCGUAGCUUUUACUUCAGUUGUAUGUGGUACGCAGCAGAGAACUUCAGCAUUAUCUAGCUUUCAGAAAACUAUUUGAGUGGUGUGCAGUAUGCAGUGAGACAAAAUCUAAAGGCACAGGCUCCUAACUGCAGGUAUGUAGAAAUGAAACUAGCUUUUCUACUUCACAUUUUUAGUUUUAUUUUUUUUCCCCCUAUAGGCUCAGUUAAUCUGCACUUGCUCCUGUUGCAGUCCAGGCUGGUAGCACUGAAAUUUCAAAGGUGUGCAACAUGUUUACUCCCUCCUUGCUUGCACUGUCCCUUUUUGCCUGUUGCUUUGCAUCACUUGCUAACAAUGCACCAAGUCAUGCUCUGUAGUUACCAAAAAAGGAAUUUUCACUGAAGUACUGGAUCUUGUUGACUCAGGCACUGUUCAUGUUCUGCAGGCAAAACAAAGUUGCUCUCUCCGUGACUAGAAUGAAGAAUCUAGUAGCUUUUGUGUGUGUGUGUAACUUACUUCAUUUCCUUCCUUUCAUAAACCCAUGAAGUUGCUGCUUUCUUGCACCUUCCUGUCCUUUCAGGAGAAACAGGAUUACAAGAUUUUCUGUCUGGGGGAGAGGAUAAGGCAGUGUCUAAAUUCUUUAGACCAUUAGGAACAUGCACUAGGAAACAUCCUCAAAUCCCUUCUCUGUAGGGAGGGAAGGGGUUAAGGAAAGGAAAACAGGACUUCGGGCUGGAAGCUUUUUCAGCACAGUAAGUAGAGAGGUAGGCGUUAACAAUUUAGGAAAUGUUGAUAAUUGUGAAUAUGAACUGUGAAGAUAACUGCAUAGGAUUAUGUGUAACUGACUAGCAUUAUAGCUAAAUCAUUUCAGCGUACUUUGUCCACAGAUAGCACUUGAACUAAAGGCAUAGGCUUCUUUAAGUAAAGUUUAAAACCAAAGCACAAAGUGUAUUUUGAACAUAAUGCCUCAGGCUUUACUGGAGGUAUUAAUGUAAUUAUCAAUCCAUUUUAGUUAUAUGCUAGUAAUUAUCCUUGUAGGGUUUAGCAUAUAUCACUUUGCUUUCUGUACCUUGCCAUAAGAUAUUUAUAAACCAUGAGGACUGCUGUUUUUUUGAGGGAAAAGAUGGUAUUUUACCUUUUCAAAACUUUGGGACCCAGUAGUUACAACUUGCUAUGAAAAUUGAGAUGAGUGAGAAUUAUACUGUCAGCGAUGGCAAUAUUUUCUGAUAUGUGGUGCCAAUUUUAAGGAAUACUUAAAUGUCUAUGAAUAAAUUUAAAUGGUGGCUUUGGA